GAUUAUUUUAAACAGAUCGUUUCGUGUGGUUUGCUUGUUAUCUUGGAGUUUUUGGGAAAUCUCAUGAAUUUUAAUCUUAUUCUGUUACCAAGCGAUCGCUGUUCUAUGAAUCUGACUUGACACUGAAAUACUCCAGCAUGAUCGAGUUGCUUGUAUAGCGGAGAAAAGUAGCGUUAAAAUGGCGAAAAGCUACGAUCAUCUUUUCAAAAUUCUGUUGAUUGGAGAUUCGGGUGUUGGAAAGACUUGUAUACUUUGCCGGUUCGCGAACGAUGAAUUCAACAAAUCUCACAUAUCUACUAUUGGUAUAGACUUUAAAAUGAAAACAUUGAUGGUGGAUGGCAAAAGAAUACGCAUACAGAUGUGGGAUACAGCCGGACAAGAGCGAUAUGAGACAAUCACAACACAGUACUAUCGAAGGGCACAGGGAAUAAUUUUAGUGUAUGAUAUAACAAGACUGGAUACAUUUCAGAACAUAAGGAAAUGGCUUCGAUAUGUUGAUGAGCAUGCUAGUACCAAUGUCCAGACGCUGUUACUUGGCAACAAGUGUGACAUAGAACAACAGAGAAUAGUGGGAAAAGAAUUAGGGGUUAAGUUGGCUUCAGAGAGAAACAUUCAUUUUUAUGAGACAAGCGCAUACUCCAACACAAACAUUGACGAUGCAUUCAUUGAGAUGUGCAAACAAAUUCUUCAUCGAAUGGACGAGUCACAGCAAAAUGGGACAAAUCGAAUGAGCGUGCGCUCUUCUAUCAGUUCGGAGUUGAGCACAAGUGCCAUUCUCCUAGACACCAAGAAAGAAGUUCUCCAGAAAGAACAGUGCUGCUACGUCACGUGACACUUGACUACGUCAUGUGACACUUGACAACGUCAUAGACACUUGGCCCAAUCGCGUGCUGCACAAAAUACGUUUUAUAUUAAAAGCUCGCUCCAUAGUAUUUAACUCACAUAAGUAUACCAAAAUUAAGAAUUGAAUUUAAUAACAGUAUUAACAUACCCCAAAAAGCGUAUAUAUUAGUGUAAUACCGUAAAAAAAACUAUUAAGUCCACGGGGGCGAAAGAAAAAGGGUUAUUUUGUCAUGUUUUCAUGACAUUAGGUGUCUCUUAAAGCUGCAAUCCCACCAGUUUGCUUCCGGUCAAUAACGUAACAAUCUCCGAUGAUAUUUAAGGGAUUUUUAGCGAAAAAUAUUUCCAAAUUGUAAAAGCAGUAUAAAGUGUUUUUCAAAAUCCCGUGCAACAAAAUGAUAUUGUUAAAGAUAAAUUGUCAAGCCAGAACAUACAGAACGAAGACAUUACAAUAUAUUAGUACACUCUUUUUUUUAUAAGAAAGUUUUUUUAUAAAAACGCCCAGGCUGGGAUUUCGCCAAAUUUUAAGAACAUGCCGAGGCUCAGAAGAUAGCAGCUAAAGAUUUUUUCAUUAGAGUGAUUGCUUAAAAAAUGAAGAAUCAAAUUGUGUUUAUACUAGCGACUUAAAAUACUAUUGUUAUUGAUCAUUUGUGUAGUUCUCUUUUUACUCAGCUGGUGUGUGUGAUUUCAGGUCACUGAAAUUUAAGAAUAUCGAUAAGAACGUUUUUAGCCUUAAAAUGCUCCAAAAAUAAGAACGGCUCAGCCUCAACUGAAAAUUAGACGUUCUUAAAAAAAAAAGAGUGUACUGAAUAAACUAAUUAGUAUUUCACGGGUUUUUGAAAACCGGAUGGCCUGUUAAAUAGCAAGGAUUUUAAUAGAUUCUUUUGUCUUUAGUCGGUUGCGGUUUCCUCCGUCAUGCAGUGACCUUAAGGAGCGCCCGCAAUUAUUUUAUUAAUAAAAUUUAGAUAAGCAAUUGUAAA